GUUCAAAACAAUAACAAAACCGGCAUUGUAAACAAACGUGCACUCGGCAUCGCACUGCACCGCAAAAAGGAGAGAAUUGUGCAACCGAAUCGUAAUGCGUACUAGUUUAAGAUUGUUUUAAAAUGUUCAGCUCCAUUUUACGUGCUUUUGCUAAUCGCCAAAGUCGCGCUGUACUGCCAGUAGGACGGUCGUUGCUGAUAGACACUGCCCGGUAUUCCAACCAACGAAUAGCCGUCCCGCUACGAAGCAAAAAGCCCAAAUCCAGCAAACCAACGACUCAAUACUUCGUGGACAGCCGGCACGUUCGCACGAUCGGUGGUAGUGGUGGUGAUGGCUGCGUCUCCUUUCUACGGCUCUGGUGUAACGAAAAUGCCGGGCCGGAUGGUGGUGACGGUGGAAAUGGAGGGCACGUAGUGCUGCAAGCCUCCCAGGACGUGAAAGAUUUAAACCACAUUACAUCGUUGCUCCGUGCGGAUGACGGCGAGAAGGGUGCCACCAAAGAUUGCCACGGUAAAAACGCUAACCACACGGUAGUGAAGGUACCGAUCGGGACGAUUGUGCGCAAUCCGCAAGGAAAGGUGGUGGGUGAUCUGGACACCGAAGGCAUGAUGUUCGUAGCGGCACGUGGUGGUGCCGGCGGUAAGGGAAACCAUUUUUUCAAGAGUGACCUCGAACAAGCGCCGCAGGUAGCGGAGAUUGGUGCCACGGGGGAAGAAACGGCGUACACGCUCGAGCUUCGCAGUAUGGCACACAUAGGAUUCAUUGGGUUGCCAAACGCAGGCAAAAGUACACUGCUGCGGGCCAUUAGUCGAGCCAGGCCGAAGGUAGCCGCUUAUCCGUUUACCACGCUGAAACCGCAUCUCGGGAUGGUACAGUACGACGAUUACGAGCAGAUUGCGGUCGCCGAUCUGCCCGGGUUGAUUGAGGGUUCGCACAAAAACAAAGGACUGGGCAUACAGUUCCUGAAGCACGCGGAACGUUGCAAUGCGCUGCUGUUUGUGGUUGAUGCGUCGGUCAACGAGCCGUGGCUGCAGUACCAAACGCUCAUGCACGAGCUAAGCAUGUUCAGUGAGGAGCUGGUAACGCGGCCACGGUUCAUCAUAGCGAACAAAAUCGAUCUUCCCGGUGCGGAACGAAAUGUGGAGUUGCUGGCCCAUCACGUGGAUGUGCCGGUCAUUCCGAUCAGCGCCAAGAUGGGUACGAAUAUUGCGGAGAUGCUUCAUGAAAUUCGCGUCGUUUACGAAUCCUGUCGAGACAAUGAAACGUCCUCUGAAAGGCAGGAUGUACCACGGUGAGAACACGAAAGCCGAUACUAAAUAGUUGCUUUAAUAUGUAAUAAACGUUAUUCUUUAUUAAGCUUCAAUUA